ACUUCAAUUUGAUCACUUGUACAUCCAUUUAAAAGAAAAUCAUUAAUUAAUACACAAACAAUAUCAAAAACCUCAUAUACAGAUAAACCACAAUAAUGAGAGAGAAAAAUACAGCUCACAGACUUUGAUUGGAUUAACCCAAAUAAAUCCCAACAGGGAACCCCAGCUGAAUAUCUACCAGCUAAUUGGGUAUUCUUUCCCCCUCCACAAAAAAAUAUUAGAAUAGACUCCACCCAGUCAUUCCCUGGGUCAGAACCAUCAAAGAGGUGCCCCACUGAGCUGUGAGGACAACUCGGCCCCUUUUCUGUCCCUGGUCUGGGAGAAAUGUCUUAUAUAUACUUCAGCACACUGACCACAUCUCACUUCUCACUCAGAUCGAUUUCCAACAUGGCUUACUCUCACCACCUCUCUCAACAUUCCUAUCAGGACUUUCUACAACUGUGGACAAGCCUUGAGGAGCUCAGCCCAGAUAACUCUUACCCUACCCUCACCACAGAGGCUGACACAGAGCAUAACCUUCUUGGUUCAUCCCUGGAGGAUCUCCACUCUGAGUUAACAACCGAGGACAUACCUUGUGAGCCGGUCUCCACAAUUAACUCUUCUCCCACAUCUCAGAUCGCUGGUCAAAUAUCCACAGUGACCAGUCCUCUGUCCAGUUCUCCUCCCCACACAGCAACAACCCCAUCCUGUCCUGGUCAAACCUCACCUCAGAUUGUCACAAGUCCUUCAGGAGAGCAAGUGUAUGCCAAACAUUCCACUCCUUCCAACACCAAUUAUCCUGGCACAUACGGAUUCCAAGUCUCCUUCUCUCCACCCCAGAAAGAGACCAAAUCCACAAGCUGGACAUACUCUGCCCUCGGCCGCAAGCUUUAUGUCAAGAUGGCCAGCUCCUGUCCUGUUCAGUUUCACACCAGUCAGCCUCCACCAGAGGGCAGUAUUACCCGAGCCAUGGCCGUUUUCAGCAAGGCAGAACACGCUCAAGCUGUGGUCACACGGUGUCCUAACCAUGUCAGCAGCAGAGAGCACAACCAGAACCACCCUGCUCCUAGUCACCUUGUUCGCUGUGAGCAUCAACUCAGUCACUACCUGGACGAUCCUUCCACAGGCAGACACAGUGUGCUCACUCCUUAUCAGCAGCCACAGGCUGGCUGCCCUCAUCUCACCUAUCUCUACCAGUUCAUGUGUCUGGGAUCCUGUGUGGGAGGACCCAACAGAAGACCAAUGCAGAUUGUCUUCACCCUAGAGAACGACCAGCUAGUUCUGGGAAGAGCCGCUGUAGACAUCCGCAUCUGUGCCUGUCCUGCCCGUGACAAGAGACUGGAGGAAAAGUCCUAUUUACCUAAACCUCCAGCUUCCUCUCCCAGCUACACCACAGGCGACAAACCCAGGGCCGCUCACAAGAGGAAACUUGACACCACAGACACUUUUACCAUCACCAUUCAUGGCCGUGAUAACUUUGAAAUCUUACGCAAAAUCAGAGAUUCCUUAGAACUCAUGUCUUCUUUAUCCAAUGAUCAAGUCACUCAAUACAAACAAUGUAAAGUUUCCAAAUCCUGUACUCAACUUUUACAGCAUGACUUGUCAACAGAGUUCUUUUCAUUGCCACAAAUUAUUCCCCCUCUACAGAUGGUUCAAUAA